AUGGCCCAGAGAAGCGGUUGGCCGCUGGCAAGGCCGCCGGCUCCCCCAGGCCGAAGGGCAGCGCCGAGGCCUGCGGCUUUGGCGGGACGUCCUGCCCCAGCCGGGGAGAAGCUCCUGCUCUGCUCCCGGAUUAGAGGCAGAUCCGGGCCCUCCGGGACGAGCGAUGGGGGCGCCUCUGCCCGAGGGCCCCGGCAGGCUGGUGCCAGGCCUGCCGGUGGCACCCCGUGCGCCCAUUUCCCAGAUGAGGCCUACAGAGGGAAGUCACUCGGCCAAGUGGCAGAGGAAGGGGACGGCCCGCUGGGAGUUGGUGGGAAGUCUUUGUUCUGGACGGAUGGACAGCCGCGGGAGGGGAGGAGCUUGGGCCCCCCAGCCCUGAGGGCCUUCUUGGAGGGAGGAAGCCGUGCCAGCCCGAGGGCAGAGCAGGGCUGCCUGGCGUCCAAAGGGGGAUUUCCCGGGCCGGGCCCUGCACACAUCUACGCCCCACAUGUGUACACAUGUGUCCGUGCCCCUGCACACAUGCGCCCCACGUGGACACGCGUGUCCAUCCUGCUGUCCUCGUUCCCUGAGAAUGGCCGGAGCCUAGGCCGGCAGCCCCUUCUGCGGACGAGUCUUGUGCCCAGAGAGCCCCCGCCCCGGCCUGGCUCCUCUUCUUGCCGCGGCUCGGGGUCUCCCUGGCCCCGGGAGACCUCGCACCCGCCUCCCCGUUCCUGCUGGGCUCGGCGACCCCCGGCCCCUCCCCCCACAUGCCGAAGGGACUCGCCUCUGGCCCGUCCUCUCCGGGCGCCCCUUUCCAGCAGCAGCACGUCCGGCCCCCCUGAGGGGCAUCAGCGUUGGUGGCCCGGAAGGAGCAGCCCGGCGGGCGCCAAAGGCUCUCGGGCCCGGGGGGGGCUGGAGGCGGCGGGUGUGGACACCUCCCUCGGCCCCCAGGUUUGGCAAGAGAACAAUGCUGGGGGGAGACCCAAAGCUGGAGUCGGGCUCCGCUGA